UGCAGGCAAACACACUUGCGGCGUGUGUCCACCGCGCUCCGAUCGGCGCAAGUGACGCCCACCUCCGACGGCGUUCACGAUGGUGUCGAUCCAAUUCACUUCCGACGUAGGCCUGGGGAAGGUGGCUGUUGCUGGUUUCGGUCUGGGGUUCGUCAUGGCAUUGCACAUUUGUCUCUUCGUGUGGGCGUGCUGGUGGACCGACGACUGGGUGUACAGACAUGCGGUGAUUCAGUGGUCCUUGUACGUCGUCUGCCUGGCAUUCUUCCACUUCUCUGAGUUCAUCAGCACGGCCGCGUUCAAGCCAGGGUUUGUCAGCUACGAAUCAUUCCUGUUGAAUCACAGCGAUGCAUAUCACUUGGCCCUCGCCGCGGGAUGCGUCGAGUUCUGGCUCGAGUCGUACUUCUUUCCCGAGCGCAAAUACCUCCACCAAGUCGCAACGAUCGGUCUCUUCCUCAUCGUGAUGGGUGCGAGCUUCCGCGUCGGCGCAAUGUGGACAGCCAAGUCCAACUUCAGCCACCGCAUCGAAGUUGCCAAGCGAAAGGAGCACACGCUGGUCACGCACGGCGUGUACAAGUACAUUCGGCACCCGUCGUACUUUGGCUGGUUCUACUGGAGCAUUGGGAGCCAGGUCUUUUUAUGUAAUCCGGUGUGCACGGUCGCGUACACAGCAGCAUCGUGGAGCUUCUUCAAGGAUCGGAUCCCGUAAGUUGUCCUAUCGCCUUGUCAUCGUGGUGUGGACAGACGACGUUGUGUAGAUACGAAGAAGAACUCCUACACGAGUUCUUUCCAACACAGUACCCGCCGUACAAGGCGCGCACGUUCAGCGGCAUUCCUUUUGUGUGAGACCAUUGUUGCGUGCCACACGGAAAUGCUUCUAGGUCGUGUGUUCAAUCUAUCAACAGUCCUUAUCGCAUCUUCUUCCUUCGCUCAACAGAUUCGUCGAGGUUCACAACGAUUCGAGGCGAAAGAUAUGAUUCUCGUGGCGCGUCGAGCCAUCCGCGCGUUCAGAUGGAAGAUCAGGAUGAGCGGCGGUGCCUGGUAAUUGCCGCAGGCACGUGAGCGAUCGACAUGCGGUCCCUUGCUCGCAGCGCAGAGUUGAUUCCAUGAUUUGCCAGAACAUUUCGUUGGCGAAUGGAUAGGUCAGAGACCAGUGCCUGGCUCAAUAGGAUCGGAGUUGAGAUGGUUCAGGCCAGUGUCCGUUCCAAGCCCUCAACACCCACGGUGGACUGCUUCAAGCAUGCCACCCCGAUCGAAUGCUUCCAGGACAACCCGUCCAUGCAGAGGUUUCGAAAGGAGGAGAGGUUACACCGCGUUGGCCUGGC